GCCCGCCGGAGGCGGCCCCGGCGCCCUCCCGCUCCCAAACUUUGCAAAGUCUGGCAGCUCCCCGUGGCCGGCCCGGCUUGCGGCGGCCGCGGCAGCCGAAGCAGCAGGCAGAGGAGGAGGAGGCGGGGUGCGGGCCAGCCGCCGCCGCAACAUCAAAGCGCCUUGAUUCCUGCUGCCGUGGGAGCCAUGCGCCGCCGUCUGUAAUGUCAGCGGAACAGGAGAAGGAUCCCAUCGCGCUGAAGAGAUCCCGAGGUGGUGACAGUGGAUUGGAUGGGUUAGGAGGACCAGGAGUACAACUUGGAAGCCCAGAUAAGAAAAAGCGCAAGUCAAAUACACAGGGAUCUUCCUUUCCUCCUCCAUCUGAAUAUGCUCCACCGCCGAAUCCAAGCUCAGACCACCUUGUAGCGGCUAAUCCAUUUGAUGAUAACUAUAAUACUGUCUCCUAUAAACCUCUACCUUCAGGAAGUCCUUAUUUUAACCAUCCUGGUUACCCUGGUUUUGGAGGUUAUAACACUUUCAGAAUGCCACCUCACAUGCUGCCCAGAAUGUCCUCACCUUAUGGUGGUUCUUACACCCUCAGAAACCAGCCACACCCACUUCCCCAGAACCCUGUGGGAAUGGGUUUUACUCGACCUCAUGCUUUCAACUUUGGUCCACAUGAUAACACAGGUUUUGGAAAUCAGCCAUCUUAUAACAGUGGUCAAAUGAAUCAAAAUGUCAAUAUGCCCAGUCAACACUUCAGACCAAAUCCUGGUGAGAACUUUGGUCACAUUCCUCCACAAAAUAUUAGUCAAAUACCACACCCUGACAUGACAUCUAACUUUGGACCUGCAAGCAAUCCACAUUUUAAUUCCCAGUUAGAAUCAAACCAUUCUUUUGUUCCACCACCCAAGACCUACAAUCAGACAAAACCAUCAGCACAAAAGCAAGACUUCAGUCAAGGUGCAAGCAAAACUUCCAACCAGAACACCGCAACACAUCAGCAUCAUCACAGAACAGAUGACAUCGUGAACCAAGGUAGUGCUGACUUAAAAAAUGUUAAUCGAAACAGUGUAGUAAAUCCAGAGAGCAACCAUUCUCAUAAUGCAGAUAACGCCAACAGUAGUCAUGCUAAUGGGACUCAGAGCAAGUCCCGUCAGCCUAGAGUUACAGCUGAAGGAUGCAACUCUGAAAAGAGCAGCAAAACAUCUCUCCACCUCAGUCGUCAUGGUCAUUCAUCCUCUGAGCCAGUCUAUCCAUGUGGAAUUUGUACACAUGAAGUUAAUGAUGACCAGGAUGCCAUCUUGUGUGAAGCUUCUUGUCAAAAAUGGUUUCAUCGGAUCUGUACGGGCAUGACUGAGUCUGCUUAUGGCCUCCUCACUGCAGAAGCAUCAGCAGUAUGGGGCUGUGAUACUUGCAUGGCUGAAAAGGAUGUCCAGCUGAUGCGUAGUAGGGAGACUGCAGGGCCACCUGCAUUGAAUACUGAUGGAUGAUGACAUCCACUGAUGCACUAUUGAAAUACAUACUACAGAGGUAUUGCUCUUAAUGUUAUACUUCAUUUUCUAUAGACAAUCAAGUUUGGUUUGGGUUUUUGUUUUGAAUUUUUUGCUUUUAGUCUAUCUUCACUCAUGAAAUUCCAUCUGUUUUUGUGUUCUUUGUUUUAUGCCUGUUUAUGUGAGUAUUUAAACUUUGAUCAGAAACACAGACGAUGUUUGAAGAUCCAAAAUAUGUCUGGUAUUUGUUUGAUCACAAGCAAGUUUUCCAUUAAAAAAUGAAUUACUGGAAUUAUUGAUGUCAGAACAACUGCCUCGAUGAAUACAGGCUGUUAGCUAGUGCUGAGCCUUGAUGGUACUAUAUAUUGGAAGCAUUCAUUAUUGUUAUGUUUUAUGAAUGUCCACUACUGUUUUGCUCAUGUCAAUGCUAUCUGUCCUAUGGGUAGGAGAAAAGGUGGAGGAGGUGACAUGGAGAAAGAGGAGUACUAAUGAAUUUUAUUUUAAGAUGAGCACUAAGGAUUUUAAUUUUUUUUCUUAUUCUGCAUCUGAAACAAUGAAUCAACAUUGCAUUUGAUUGUUUUAGUAUUUGUGAUGUUUACACUUGAAACUACAGUGCCUCCUGGCUUCUCAGCAAAUAUUUAAUAGCCAAGAACUCUAGUGAAGUCUUAUGUUACUAAACAUUCAGUAUUUUUACAAAAUAUAUCAUAGCAUUACAUUUAAAAACACUAAAAUAACAUCAGGGUUGCAAAGUCAAGCACUCAAAAGUUACGGAAUGCCAGAAUUAGGCCCUUUCUGUGCAUAUACAGUAGGGUAUAUAGUGUUUAAUUUUACAUGAUCACAUGCCUCCUCCUAGGUGCCAGGGCAUCAGCUGGCAGAGCAUUAACAGCACAAGAGAGACCAUCUCCCUGCUCUCAUAUUUAGUGAGUUUGUGUGAACUGUGAUUUUUUUCAGUGUCUUGUAAUUUGGCCAACCUGGGUGAAUUUUUAUAGGGUUUGGAAAAGUUGUGAUCCGCCUCCCAAGCUUCAAGUCCCGGCUCCAAAGUAUGGAAGUGCUAGAGCUUCUCAAUUUAAAUAAUUCCAAGAUAUAUUUUAGCAUGGACAACACAGUAUAUUUUUCCUAAACUUGUUCUUGGAAACAGCUAAAUUGUUGAAUUUUCCUGACACCCGCCAUGAAAAUUCAACCCAAACAAUUAAAAUUUGGCAAAGUUAUAAGCAACCUAAAAUGAGGUUUUAUAAUGAAAGGUGUUGGGCAGACUUAUAAUAGGUAGUGCUUCUAGAUCGGUAUAUUAUAUUUCCUCUUAUGCAAAUAGGUUAUAAUAAUAAAUCAUUAAAACCAAACCACGCUUGUUAAACAUGACAGAUGUUAGUCAUGUUGCUUAAAGCACUACCUGAAGGUGCUCAGAUACUGUGGUGAUAAAGAUGGUGUAAAAACCUAAAUAGAAUAGAAACUUAAAGGUCACUUUUGUGAUACAUCAUCAGUCUUUUAAUUAAUUUUGAUUAUUUACUAAUUUAGUAGUUUACAAGGUUCCCCCACUGAGUGUGAAUUUGUGAGGUUCUACUGUAACUGUGCUUCUAAACAUUACUUGGAGAUGGUGCUGUCCUUUUGGUGUAUGUGUGUAGCUCCCCAUUAAUAUUAUAGGUUAUGUAUGAGCGUAAAGGGCUACAUACGGCUUGCUUGCUUUAUUAAAGGACUUUCUGCGGUAUCUGGAGAAUGAUUCCCAGAGGUGGUGGUACUUUCUCACACCUUUUACAUCGCCUCACCUGGAAUCUCCUAGAGGUGUAAAGGCAAAUUUGGGCCUGUGUUUUCAACAUUACUAGUUCAAUACAAUGGCUAACCUUCCGUUUUGCUAUUUUUCUUACUGGUUUGAUGACUUACAGCAGUAAUCUCUGCUAAAGUAAUGUCUUCAAGAAUUUUACCUGUGGCUUACUGCUUUAAUUCUAAUUUGUCUGUAGUAUUGAUGUAGAAAUUAAAACCAAAACCUUGUUCAGAUAGCAUAGGUUCCUGUGAGCCAGAUUCUGAUCUCUGUUGCACCAAUGCAAAUUGUGAAGCUUGUAAAGUUACCCCAGAUUUACACUGAUGUAACAGAAAUCAGAAUUCUGCUCAGCGACUAAGAAAUCCGCCAGAGGCUAAGGGACGAUGCUUUCUUUGCUAGUUUGCGAUGACGUGAAUUAUUCAAGAAUCCUAAUACAAAUAUAAGAUUCCAGUGUUUGUCCUUAGAAGUCCACUGAACAUUUUACAAUCCAGUGCAGGAGUCAGAUACUAUGUUUAAAAUGACCAUAGAAUUUCCUGCACCUCCCCUCUCUACCCAUUCCAGUGUUUCAGAGUAGCCACAUGCUUUCUACAUUUGUUAGCAAAAUAUUUCCAUAUGAAUAUAACCAGAUGUACUCGUUGGUUAGCAUGUGGGGUGGGCAUGGGGUGAAAACCUGUGAGUUUCCACCCAAAUGUUUAGUCCUACAAAUAAAAGGCAUUAGCAAAUGCCAUCAAAGUACCAAAAUUAAAUAGCUAUCAUAGCAUUGAUAUUGAUGUGGUCUCAGUAUUUCUGAACUCUAUUUACAGAGAGCAGAUGCAUUUGUUUUUAGAGUGUGUUAGCUAAUAGUAUUUCAAGUAUGUAUGGAAAAAAAGAACAAUCAUAUAUAUUAGUAGGGUAGUAUGAAUGUCACCUGCUUAAAAUUAGAACCAUGCUAGUUAUGGGAUUAGGAGGGUUGGGUAGUAUACCUGAUUUUUGUAAUACUCUACAUGAAACAAUUUGUAUUGAGCUAUCAUGUAAUUCUUUCAUUGUUAGUGUUUUAGGUUGUACUGGUGCUUCACACCAAAAUAUUAUAAGGAUUUUGUAAAUCUGCAAACCUGGAGUUUUAUGGAGAAUAGAGGAAGUGCAUCAAUCUCAUCUCCUUUAUAAAAUGGCUCAGAAUGCUGCUUCAUAGAAUGACUUCUCAGUAGCGUGGCUGUCCAAGUUUUUAAAUUUUUAAUCCCAGAUGAAAUAAAUACUUGGAAAUUUAAUUAAAUAGUUGGUAACAGUGACAAACUUAUUUUGCCUUAGACUGGCGGUUCUCCAGACCCCAAAGGGGAUUGCAACCCUGUUUUAAUGGGGUUGCCAGGGCUGCUGUUAGACUUGCUGGGGUCCAGGGCUGAAGCCAAAGCCUGAGACCCACUGCCAGGGGCUGAAGCUGAAACCCGAGGGCUUCAGGCCUGGAUGGCGGGGCUCAGGUUACAGGCCCCUGCCUGGGGCUGCAGCCCUUGAGCUUCAGCUUUGGUCCCCCCGCCUAGGAUGAUGGAGCUCAAGCAGGCUCAGGCUUCGGUCCCCCCUCCUGGGGUCAUGUAGUAAUUUUUAUUGUCAAAAGGAGGUCACAUGCAAUGAAGUUUGAGAACCUCUGCCUUAGACCAUUUUAAAUGUGCAAAUAUUUUAUGUACCGGUUUAAUAUUCUAAUAUUGUGUUGUAAUUAGUGGUGGGAUAAGAGGCGCUGCUGUCUAUGGAUUAGAGAGAUAUGAGUGUCAAAAAGCCUAUCUUUUGUUCCUGGCUCUUUUUCUGAUUAUCUUUGUAACCUUAGACAAAUCAGUUAACUACCUGUGCCUCAAUUUACUUAUCUAUAUGAUGGGAUUAAAACUGACUUCACAGGGUGCUGAGAGGCUUAAUAUUUGAAAUCUUCAGAUGAGACACUGUAGAAGUGCCAAGUAUUAUAACACAUUUAGUGUUUGCUCUAUUAAAAACAAAAGUAUAAUUUUCAGGGCUGCUCAAUAAGAUACUUUACUAUCUGUAUAAAUUUCCAUUUAUGCCCCAAUCCUGCAAACACUCUUACACAUGUACUUAUUCUUAAACAAGUGAAUAGUCCUAAUGAAGUCAGUGAAAUGAUGUGCAUGAAGUUAAGAAAAAUUCGGAGUGCUUGCAGGAUUGGGGCCUUCAUUUAGACUUCAUAAUUAGAUCUUUUUAAUGUAUUUCUUGGUUUGAGAUGUUUACAAAAUCAGUGGUGUUGAAAUUUAGCACCUUUUAACAUUUUCUUUAUUCCAAUUUAAUAGACAUUAUUAAUAAUUUCUGCAUAAAAUAACUAUUUCUCAUUUAUAUAUAAUAUUGCCUGCCUAAAAGUAUCUGUGACAUUUUAUAAAAAGGUCAUGCUUCUUAUGUUGUAUGUGACUUAAAUGACUGUUUCAUAUUAAAACUAGUCUUUCCUUAUGUACUGCUUACAUAUACCUGUUUUGGGAUAUCAGUUCAGUACUUUUAUACAAUCUUGAAUGUGUUCCACAUUGGUGACAUGUAUUUUUGCAGCAACUUUUUUGUUUUGAUUAUAAAUUAAAGCAUGUCUGAAGUAUUACAUGCAUUAGUUCUGUGUUGUGUGGCAAAGUUAAUGUAUGUAAUUCAAAUUGGAAGAAAAGUGUCCAGACUUUGUCCAACAUUAACCCUAUUGCAAGGGAUUAAAUUACUAUGUAAUACAAAUUAUUUCAUAUCAUGAUGUGUUUUAAACUACUCUAUGAAGUAUGUGAAACAUUACACUUUGUGGAUUGGUAGCUGGCCUGGUAUCCUUGCAUAGAAUAAGAUAUGUUAGAUGGUAGCAAUUCAUGAUAACUAAUAGAGUGAAUACUUUUCAAAACACAUAGCAUUUAUGUACAAUUGCCUGAUCUUUAAAUUUGUUGCUAUAAGUGUUUUUGGUUAGUAAGAGUUUCACAGCAUAUUGCUAACAAAUGAGUGCACAUUUGAUUGCAUAUAACAAGUGUGACAAUCCCAUUACAUCACUUUCUGUGUGGUUUAAAAAUAAUUUCAUUGAUUUAUUUCCCUUUUGGACACGGAUAUGAAAAUGCAGGAUAUUGUAGACAUCAAUGUAUUUUAAAUUUAUUCUUGUAAUCAUCAAUUGCCAAUUUUUGUUUGAGGAUUUGGUAUAUUAGAAUACUUUCUUCUUUAAAGCCAGAGUGAAUUAAGUGUACUGAAAAGCAGAACUCUAAAACAAGGCAAUAUAACUACCAUGCACUACAUUUGGCAUAUGAGUCUUCUCUCAUUUGCAUUAAACUAGGAUACUUUCUCAGAGGCGCGUGUUUUUAUGUAAAAAUAAAGGUUCCAUUUCAGGCUCUAAGUGCUUUUAUGGUCGGAGCCAAUAAAGUGCUUAGUGUCAUCAUUUCUUAUUAACUUAAUUAGAAAUUAAGGGAGCUCAGCACCUCUCUGUGCUUAGCAUAGAAGUAUUAAUGUGGUCCUGUAUUUUGACUGGUCCAGGUGUAUAACCCUGCACAGCCACCUGCAGAAAUUACUCACCCCAAGAGCAUAAGAAAUACCUCUUUUCACAUCAGAGUGUGGCCUAUGUUGUAGAUUUCUGUUACUCUCUUGUAUUGACACAUGCUGUAAGUCUGAAUGAUUAUGGAUUCAGCUCCAUGUUCUCAUCCUUCAAAGAUAACUGUGAGGGGAAAAAUGUUUCAUAGGGAGAAAGAUAAUGCUGUGACUUAAGUUCCACAGGGAGAAUUUUUACAUUCUGUUUGCAUUUUUUGUCACAAACUAGAUUAUUUUGGUUCAGGAGAAAUAUAAUUUAAGCUUUACUCAUUGUGCUGUAUUAUAUUUCAUGAAGAAUGAAAGGAAAGCAUUGACAAUGCCAAUUCGUCUUUUAUAUUCUCAACCAUUCACCUUCCCUGGCAUACCUGGAUGUCAAAGAUCAUUUUAAAAUCUGAACAACUGUAUAAUAUACAGAGGGCAAUUAUACUUCUCAUCUCUUUUAUGUUUGUUCUGUUCUUUUUCUUUCAUCUUUCUUAAUGUUGGAAUCUUCUGGUUCUAAAAUGAAAAAUAUAGCUGUGGAUUUUAAAAAUUUGACAUACAAUCCCUCCUGACUACUUGCACGUAUAGAGUUUGGAGUGGAUAUUGCAUUUCAUUAUGGUCUUUUGAUAUUUAGUCCAUUAUUUAGUCCCUAGUGUAAAGUUGAGUUAAUGUAAGGAAGUUACAGAUCUACUACCAUCCAGACACUACAUAACAUGAGCUGAUAAAUAGUGUUGACAUUUCAUUUUUAAAAAAAAUGUUAUAACUCUGUCUAGUAGUAGGUAUAUCAUGUUUAUAAGAUUAUAAGUCCAGCAUUGGUAGAAAAUGUAUAUGGCAAGUUUUCUCACACGCUGCAUGUAAUAGUGUUGCAUUUCUGGUGUUCGGCUUCAGUUGUUUUCAAAAUAAAGCUAAUUUUUGAGGUGGAAA